AUGCAGUCAAACGGGACUCCCAAGCAGAGACAGGAGCUCAGGGAGAAGCCCGACGUUCCCCUGGACGAUUCCAAGGAGAAACAAGCCCCCUUCGUAGGAGACUUCGAAGCCAAAGAUGACGCCUGGCGCAAGGAGACCUCCAAGAAGCUUCUACGCAAGAUGGACGCCCAUCUCCUGCCCAUGCUCGUCGUCAUGUAUCUCCUCAACUUCCUCGACCGCUCGAACCUGGCUCAGGCUCGCUUGGGUACCUUGGAGGAGGACCUGGGUAUGGCCGGGACGGACUUUAACCUCGCCACCUCCAUCUUCUUUGUCGGCUAUUUGCUCAUGCAACUCCCCUCGAACAUGCUCAUCACGCGGGUCAGGCCUUCUCUGUACCUCAGCGCCUCCUGCGCUCUCUGGGGCGUGGUCUCGACCUGCAACGCUGCCGUGCAGAAUUUCGAGAGCUUGGUCGUGGUGCGGUUUUUCCUCGGCUUCGUCGAGGCCCCCUUUUUCCCCGGCGCUAUUUUCCUCAUGAGCUCGUGGUACACCCGCGCCAAGCUCACCCGGAGAAUCUCCUGGUUCUACGCCGGCAACGCCCUCGCGAACAUGUUCGGCGGCUUGCUGGGUGCUGCCAUCUUGGGCAACCUCCAUAUGGACCUGGGGGUUGCGGGAUGGAGGUGGUUGUUCAUCAUUGAAGGCGUCGUCACCAUCGCCCUGGCCCUUCUGGCCGGCUUUAUCCUGCCCGACUACCCUCACACCACCCGCUGGUUGAGCGACGAGGAACGGGCUUUCGCCGCCUGGCGACUGCUCAAGGACAUCAACGAGGAAGAUGAGCGCCACGCGCAGACCGUUUGGGCCGGCUUGAGGCUGGCCCUAGCCGACUACCGCCUCUACAUCUUCGUCUUGAUGCAGCACAUUAGUCUUCUCUCGCAGACCUUCCAGUACUUCUUCCCUUCCAUCGUUGGCACCCUGGGCUACGACAACAUUACUACUCUCUGGCUUACGGCUCCUGUUUGGUUCGCGACAUUCCUCAUCUCUGUUUGCGUCACGUGGACUUCGGCAAAGACGAGAGACCGCUCCCUCCAUAUCAUCAUCCUCAUGGUGUUUGCGGCUACCGGAAAUGCCAUAGCAACCGGUACUACUGUUCUCGGUGCGCGUUUCUUCGCCAUGUUCCUGAUGCCCAUGGGUGCCGUAUCUGCAUACCAGAUCAUCGUCUCCUGGGUGGCAAACUCUUUCCCCCGGCCCCUGGUCAAGCGCUCCGUCGCCAUCGCCGUCGCCAACAUGGUCGGCAACACCGCCAGUAUCUACGGCUCGUACAUGUACCCGAGCUCACAUGCGCCGCAGUAUAUCCCCGGAGGAAGUGCCAACUCGGUCGUCUGUCUUCUGGUUGCCGCGCUUGCGCUCCUGCUGCGCUUUUUGCACAAAUGGGAGAACAAGAAGCUCGAACGCGCCGAGACGGAAGGCGCUGAUCCGGAGAGCCGUGAGGGCGAACGGAGGGCUGCUGGGUUCAGAUAUAUCUACUAA